AUGUGCCAGCUCUGUCAGCUCACCACCAUAUCAAAGCGCGAUCGCUGGCCCAAGCCCCUCGAGCCCGCGCUCUCCUCCCUGCGCGACACCAUCAAGCACGCCCACCCAGAAGCCGAGGCGUACAGGAACACCACCACCACCACCACCGAGGCCACAAAGAAUGACCUCCGCACCAAGCUCAAAAAGACCACCGUUCUCAUUCGCACCAACCUCGACCUACUCGACAAGGAGCGCGACGAGUGGUGGAAGGCAAGAGCGCAGCUGCGCCGCCAGUCGACCGAGGCCGGCGACGAGGAGAAGCUGAAGACACUGCAGCUGAUCAACAACAGGGUCACCGACAUGAUGAGGGACAUGCGGGCUAGGCUGGGCGUGUGGGUGCGGUGGGGCCUAGAGGUCAAGGGGGAAGAGUUGGAGGUGGAGCCGUAG